AACCCAGGGCCCCUACUAACAUACGGCGAGAAGGUUGCUAUUGGUCUCGGCUCGGUGCUCGCCAUUAUUAUGGUCGCCCUCCUUCUUCGUCUACUCGUCGUUCGGCGUCGUGAGAAGAAAGUUCACACCACGCCAAUACGUGAAUAUCCUGGCGAACUGGAGCUCAUGUUAUAGCCUUUGUCCUCCUGGUGGAUGCACAAUCAAUUGGCGUUUUUACUGA